AUGCAAACCUUGCUCGGAUUUACCGCGCCUUCACUUUCUCUCGCGUGCCACUCACUUAUGUCUCACAGAAAGUUUUCUGCUCCGCGCCAUGGUUCUCUAGGCUUCACCCCUAAGAAAAGAAGCCAGAGACAUCGUGGCAAAUGUAAGGCCUUUCCUAAGGAUAGGAGAUCUCAGCCUUGCCACCUGACUGCAUUUCUUGGCUACAAAGCUGGAAUGACCCAUGUUGUUCGGGAUGUCGACAGGCAAGGCUCUAAAGUACAUAAAAAAGAAGUUGUUGAGCCUGUAACUAUAAUCGAGUGCCCUCCUCUUGUCAUUGUUGGAAUCGUCGGUUACAUUCGUACCCCUAAGGGUCUGCGAACAUUCAAGACUAUAUGGUCAGAACAUCUGAGCGAUGAAUGUCUCAGACGAUUUUAUAAAGACUGGUGCAAAUCGAAAAAAAAAGCUUUUACUAAAUCGUCAAAGAAAUGGGCUGAUGAUGCUGGGGUUGCCGCGAUCAACAGAGACAUCAGGAAGAUGAAGAAAUAUUGCUGUGUCAUUCGCGUAAUAACUCACACCCAA